AUGUGGGAUAGCAGAUAAAAGAACAAUCAAGAUCUAUUGGUUGUGAAUGAGUUGUCAGAGUAUUCUUCUGUUUCCCUAAAGAAAACUUUGUUAUCAGGUUCUUAGAAUCAAAUUGAAAUGAUGCCAUUAAAGCCAAAGCCGGUUCAGAUUGUUCCUUUGAGUGAAGAAUACGCUUAUACAAUGACUUAGCAUAUCCAAUUGAUAGGAGAUUUAGCAGCAACUGAUAAAACAGCAGUUUGCACUCAAAAUUGGAAAGACGUAAUUAAUGUUAAUAGUUGAUAGACUGUUCGUAAACAAUUCAAUACUUAGACUAUAACUCAAUUUAAAACAUCAUACUAAAUUAAUAGAGAAAUAUAAUUGCUAACUUAAAUAAAAAGGACUUAUGUUAAUUUGAUGCCAAUAAUUGAUCCACAAAGUUCUUUCCUCUCGUAUUGGAAAAUCCCUGUAUUGAUAAUCACAUUUGUAGUAUUCAUAGAAGUCCCACUAAUAAUAUUUUUCGGAGAUGACUUCUAUUAUACGUUCCAUAGUCCAACAUAUAUAUUCUUUAGAAGUGUAGUGAUUGUACUAAUAUUAACAUAAACAUCAUAUAGCUGAUAUUCAUGAUGGAUAUCUUCAUAGAAUUUCAUGUGGCAUUUUAUAAAUACGGAGCCUUAGUAAAAAAUAGACGUAGAGUGGCUUUACAUUAUUUGAUGGGUUCAUUUACAUUUGAUUUUGUACCAUUAAUUGAAAUUUUGAUUACUACAUUUUCCUACACAAUGGCGAAUGUCUACACAUUCCAUUUACUAUUCCUAUUGAAAAUGUACCCAGUUUACGAAAUCGAUUAACGAUAUCAAGAUAAAUUGUAAGUGUAUCCAAAAUGGAAAAGUAUAUAUAUGAUAGUGAGAAUGAUAAUUGAGAUUGUUUACUUGACCCACUUCUUCGGUUGCAUCUUCUUUGGUACAGGCAUGUACAUGUUGAAUCAUUAUGAUAAUCCAGAUGAAGGCAAAUACACCAAUUCUUGGUUGACCUUCUCAAGUGGCAAUUUUGGUACUAUCCUCUAUUACGAUUGGACCAAAAGAUACAUAUUGUCAACAUAUUGGGCAUUUGCAACUUUGACAACUGUUGCUUAUGGUGACAUCACACCAAUGAAUGAAUUUGAAAUCAUAGUUGCUGAGGUGGCUAUGAUUGCUGCUGUCUUCUUGGUUGCCUUCAAUGUCAAUAACAUUUAACAAACAUUUGUUGAUUACUUUGACGAAAAAAGAAAAUACAAUAAGGAAAUAGUUGCAAUCACUAAAUUCAUGAGAUCUAAAAAUGUUUCAGAAAAAACAGAGAAGGAAAUUAGAAAUUUCUUAGAACAUUAUUUUAAAGAAAAGAGAAACAGGGAUCAAUAUUUAGAAGAUCAAGUUUUUCAAAAAUUGGCUCCCCAAUUAAAGAAUCGUUUAAUGUAUGAAGCCUACCAACCCUAUUUAUAUUAAGUCCCUUGGAUUACCAACAAUUUCUCAGAUGAUCUUAUGCGAGAAUUAAGUUAGGUUAUGGAGGAAAUUGAUUAUUCCAAAAAGGAAAAUAUCUUCUUAGAUGGUGAUGCAAAUAGAGAUGACAAUGCCCUUUAUUUUGUAUAAAUUGGACAUAUUGAAAUCUUUGUUAAUGUUCCUGAAACAGAAAAGCAAGAAGUCAUUAUGGCUCACUUAAAGUCAGGGGCUAGAUUUGGUGAUUAUGCCUUUGUAACAGGAUUACAACGAAAAGCAUCAGCCAGAUCUAAGAAAUAUUCAUAAGUAGUAAGAUUGUCAAGAACAGACUUCAUGGAUAAGUUAAAGCUAUUUCCAUUGGAUCACUAGCGUUACUGCUUCUUAAGAGAUGAAAUCAUUUUCAAUAAUGCAUAUUAUGAACUAGGUAUUGAAUGUUUCACUUGUGGUUCUACUGAUCAUAUGAGUAUAGAUUGUUCAUUAACUCAUUUGAGUAUCGGUAAGGAAAUUAUCAAAAGGGUUAGAAAAAGCAUUGUUGAAAAGAAACUUAGGAAAUUAUCAUUAAGUAUAGCUAUGAAUAUAUAAUCCCAUAGAUAUAUAAUAAAACAGAAACUACUAAUUUUAAAGAAGUAAAAAAUAGAAAGUCAGAAUUAUCAAAACCAAAUAGCCAGAAUAAGCAGAAUUAGAUGAAUACAGUUCGAUAAUUAAUAAGAAAGUCUAAUUCGAAGCCUUUUAUAGUGAGAAUUAGAUCAUUAUUGAAUGUAAAGAUCACCACAAUAUAAUAUAGCCUUUACAAUAGAUAAGAUUGAUAACUUUGUCAAUUAUUACCCUAACUUCAAUAUUGACUUUCUCAUUAGUAAGAAUAGGAAAAAGGAGAAACUAGUUUUUGCUAGAGAAGUUAGAUAGAGAAGUGUAAGUUAAAUCAUCAGAAAGAGUGAAGCCAUAAUUUGA